AUGGCCGUCGACAGUAGGCUCACGCAGCCGCGGGGAAGUUCCUCCAAUCCGCAAGCAGCCAGAAACGCGUCGAGCACGGCGCAAAACGCGGCGCCAAACCCGACCGCUGCGGCGGAGCUUCCCCCGCCCUCAUUCCACGUGGACGUGGCGAUUGCGGGCGGCGGACUCGCAGGGCUCGCGCUCGCCGCCGGCCUGCAGUCGCGCGGCGUCGAGGCGGCCGUUUUCGAGGCAGCGCCCGCGCUGCGAUCGAACAACAGCACCGUCCUCGUCAUCUGGCCGAACGGCGCCGCCGCCCUCGACGGAAUCCUGCCCGGAUUGAGCGCCGCGAUGGCGCGACACGGCACGCUGCGCAGGGGAGGCGGGGAGGGGGAAGCGGACGAAGUGGGGGGGACGGGGGGGGCACGGGAAGCAGGGGGUGGGGGAAGAGCGGGGGGAGCAGGGGGGGUGAGGGGAGCGGGAGAACCGGGGGAGGGGAGUGAAGCAGGGGAAGGAAGUGAGGUGGAGGCGGUAGAUGUGAUCUGUGAGGUCGCAGGUGCGGCUUCGGCAGCAAGCACAACAUUAAAGCCCGCCUGCUCCCUCUCAUCCAAACCAACCUCCCCCACCACCCGCUCUGGCAACGAGCCUUCCAAGAAGCUUCCUCCACGCCAGAGAAUCUCAUCUUCGAACGUCGCCAGCUGGAUCGCCCGCCGCCGGUUGAUUCCUGGAGCGACCCUGUAUGCGGAUGCGGCUCAUGCCAUGGAUCCUGGGCCAGGGCAGGGGGCACUGACAGGGUUUGAAGAUGCUCACCAGUUGUCCCUGUGCUUGGGUGAUUCGGGGGAUCCGGACCUGUUUACCAAGCCUGCUGCUGUGGCUGCGGUUCGGGAGUUUGAGGCUCGGCGGAUAAGGCGUUGCGUGAAGGUGCAUCGGCAUGCGACCGGGCUGAUUGGGUAUGGGGAGGAGGGGAUGGAGUUUAAGAAGAGGAGCGUGAUGGAUCAGAUGAAAGCUACCAUGGAGUUUACGAGGUGGAUGUAUGCUUACCCUGACAAGAUCGAUGGCGAUCCAGAUUCCACCUUUUUCCAGUGA